AUGGUCCCUAGUGAAGCGUCGCCCGAAGCAUCUAUUGAUCUAAGUACUAGGUUUGCUGUAGAUGCGGUGGAUCAAGUAACAUCGAGUCUUGGUAACUACUCAGUUCUGAGUAGCAUUGUAGAGGCUCCCGAUACUCCACCGGAUGAGAGUUCCCUAAGUGAGAUCUCUCUCCAUGCAUCCAGACAAAUUACUAGUACACCCGCACCAGUUGUACAGGCAGACGCAGCUGAAUCACAAUCAUCAAGUCAUGAUGAUUGCCUGCUGUCUAGCGGCAUUGAAAUGACUUCCGAGAUUCAGCAAAGCGAGGGAUCACAAAGGAUGACCCUCAGAGAAGCGUCGCCGAUGGUAACAACUGAGAACUGUGCUAGGUUUGCUGUAGAUGAGGUGGAACAAGUGACACCAAGCCUCGGUGAUUACUCUGUUCAGAGUAGUACAGUAGAGGCUCUUGUUUCACCGGAUGAGAGUUCCGUAGAUGAGACCUCUCAUCUUACAUCCAGACAAACCACUAGCUUAUCCGCUGAGACUGCGACACUAGUUGUACUGACUGACGCGGCAGAAUCUUUAACAUCGAGUCAUGAUGAUAGCCUGCUUUCGAGCGGCAUAGAAAUGACUUCCGAGAUUCUGCCAAAUGAAGAGCCGGAAAGUGCGGUUCUCAUUGAAGCGUCGUCCAUAGAAACAACUGAGAUUGCCAAAGAGUCGCAUGACAGGCAACCAAUAAGAAGGCCCAAAGGAGAAAUACCUGAGGGCAUGCUCCAGCUCGCAAAUGAAAUCCUUUCAGAGAAGCUGGGGCACACUAACUCCACCAAUAAGCGCACACUGACAGCUUUGAACGCUGCAGUGUAUGCCAUCGCCAAAGCCAUCACAACGAUCCUGUUGGACGGCGAGGCUGAAAAAGCGGGUAAAACUCACCAGAAACUGAGAGAGGCGAAAGCACUGAGAGACACCCUCGUGAGUGUCGUCUCGACGCUAUCGCACGAACUCAGGAGAAGAAGUGGAAAUGCCCCGGGACCUCCUAGUGAACAGUACCGGGUCAUUUCCCGAAUACAAAGAGUCAAUACAACCGUGGACAUUCAGCGACUCCGGAUAAGAUUCAAGGAUCAGCUGAAGGUUGUAAACUCUGAAAUCAAAACAAUAGAGCAAGCCCUAAGACGCCAGCGAGAAAGACAGCGGGGAUACCCUGCUGUAGCUAGGGAACCACGCGAAGGGGAAGCUGAUGUACCGGUUGCGGAAGUGCGCGAGCACUGGAAAUCUAUCAUUGGAGAAUCGCAACCUUUCCAUCCGUCAGACGACCUUCAAGCGUGGUCUCGCUCGGUGCAAAGAGGCGAAAAUAGAGCCGCUGUAGACCUGUCCGAGGAAACUUGGGCGAAGAUAUUCGCUAAGAUAAAACCUUGGAAAGCAACAGGUCCAGACGGCAUACAGGGCUUCUGGUGGAAGAAAAUACCAGAGGCAAGAGAGAGGCUAAAAUCGUGGUGCCUUGAUGCGCUACGUAUGCCUCAUAGAAUCAUCCCUAAUUGGUUGUGUAGAGGGAAGAUAGUUCUGAUUCCAAAAGGGAGCGCCGGCGCCCGCGGGCCCGGCGACUUCCGUCCGAUAGCAUGUUUAAAUACAUGCUACAAAGUCCUGACCGCCAUGGUAGCGCAACAGAUACUCCUGAGCGCUGGUGAUGUGCUCCCUCCGGAGCAGGUAGCCUUGCGCAAAGGAAUCUGGGGCUGCACCCAUGCGCACAUUUUGGAUCAGACUAUCUGUAAAGACGCCUUAAGGCGCAAAAACGUACUACACACCUUAUGGGUAGACAUGACCAAAGCCUUCGACUCCGUGUCUCAUGGCGCUAUUAAGUGGAUCUUGGCAAGAGCCGGAGUGGCCUCCCCUACAAGGAGGCUGCUCUCGGUUAUCAUGUCCAAGCAAAGCGUCAGGUAUUGCGGACGUCAAAAUGGCAAAAUGGUCAAGAGUGAACCGUUAGGGGUCAGAAGAGGAGUGAUGCAAGGGGAUACCCUCAGUCCGCUCCUCUUCUGUAUGGCCAUAGCUCCUAUAUCGGCGUGGCUACGUAACAACGUUAGCCCGUAUAGAACAUCCACCGGAGCUCUGACUUUGCCAGAAGGACCCCUAGAGAUCAACCAUCUCUUCUAUAUGGAUGAUCUAAAGGUUUACUCGCCCAGAUGGGAUGAUAUAGUGAAAGCCCAAGAGGGCAUCCAGAAAGUGGCUGGAGAGUUAGGACUUCGAAUGAAUCCCAGCAAGGCGAAUCCGAAUCGCAUUUGCGAUUCGGCCACAGCUGUGUACCAAGACUCUACGUUAACAAAGAAGAAGGAGGAUUGGGACUGA